AUUAAUUCUUUAGUCGUCACCUAUUUUGUGGCUCAUUACCAACAAUUGGCUUACGCAAUUGAACAAUAUUAGCUUGAGAGAAGUAGACGAGAUGCAAAAUCUGGAAACUUUUUCAGCAAGAUCAGAGGUAGACGCAAUGAAUGUACACACCCUUGUUUAGCAGUGAAUCACAUCAUUACUUAUCGGAAGGUAUACCACUAAUUAGUAAAGACUUCCUGAGUCUCCAAGUACAUCACGUGAGUAUCCACGUGACAGUAUCAGCAAUCAUCCGAUUCAACUUCUCCGAAGCUCCACGGACCCAAACGCAUUAAUCCCGCCCUAAUGUCGUUCAAGACCCUUUCAGCAGCCGCAGCAAUCCAAUUGGACAAGGAAUUGAUGUCCACUGGUGCCUACUCCAUCGACCAGCUCAUGGAAUUGGCAGGAUUGGCAGUGGCCCAUGCCAUCUACAAGCAAUACCCUCCAUCCACCACGCCAAAUCAGGCCAGCAAGACGUUGGUGCAAGACUUCACUCCAUCAAAGUUGGCAAACCGUGUGGUGGUCUUGGUGGGUCCCGGAAACAACGGAGGUGAUGGUCUAGUUGCAGCCAGACACCUCCAACUAUGGGGAGGCUAUUCUCCCGUGUUGUACUACCCCAAGAAGUCCAAGUCAAACCAACUCUACUCCAGUCUCCUCAAGCAGCUCCAAGACUUGGAGGUUCCUGAAAUCUCAUCGUUGGAAGAGGUUUUGGCAGUGAUAGACUCGCCCCAAACUUCCCUUAUCAUCGACUCGUUGUUCGGGUUUUCGUUCAAACCACCCAUCAGAGACCCCUUCCAGGACUUGAUCAAGCACUUGGCGCAUAGCCAUGGCAAAAUUGCCCCCAUUGUGUCCAUUGACAUCCCGUCUGGCUGGGACGUGGAAAACGGACCUGUCGAUUUGGAUAUCAAUCCUGCCAUGCUAGUGAGCUUAACUGCACCCAAGCCAUGUGCAGCUCAUUUCCACAACGAAAAUCGGGUCCACUACUUGGGAGGACGCUUCAUUAACAAGCAGAUCGCUGUUAAGUACGGAUUGGAAGAGAUAAUCGCCAGAUACAAGGGCGAUGACCAAGUGGUGAAGCUUUGAGGGAUUGUUAAUGUCUAGGAAGGCUUCGUUUUUGUUGUAAUGGAUGCCAUAUUUUGCUUCCCAAACGAGGAGUGGUGUAAUAUUACUUCCUUGUAAAGACCUUCUUCAUCAUUGAGCCCAAGAGAGGUGACUCCUUGAAUGGAUGGCAUGAAGAUACUUUAGAGGAAGACUAUAAAUCUAUCAAUCGUGCCUCUUCUACAUUGACUAGUAAUGAUCUAUAAUACAUGACUUAUGAACUAAACAACUGUGGAUAUCACGCCCUCGGAGCGUGGUGAUAUGCUGGCAUCUAAAUUAAAUACCUGGCCCGGUCUCCGAAUCUAUUUUGUCUUUCUGGAGUGGAGGGAAGUGCCUUGCUCUUAUUGGCUUUGCCAGAGAUAUUAGGA